AUGACAGUACGCCCGACACCUACUCUUGAGAUAACUAUCGGGGUUGCUAAGUCAAUCGAGGAAGUGAUCAACGGUAGUAUCGCCAACAAGGUUGAAGUUGGCAAGAAGAGGAAAUUAGAGGGGUCUUCAAGGUUUGACAAUAACAACAUGUUCUCAAGGUAUGGAGGUGUAGGUGAAGCGACAUGGUGUGAUAAGUAUGGAAGAAAGCACAACGGGAGAUGCCCUAAGGAAGUGACCUGCUUUAAAUGCGGGAAGAUUGGUCACUAUGCCCACGAAUGCCCAACCGAGGAAGAAAUUUGCUUUAAGUGUAGUAAAGAGGGACGCUACAAGAAAGAAUGCCCUAUGAGAGUUACAAAGCCAAGUGUACCGCUAAAGAACUAUGAGAGAUGUGAUGAAGAUGUGACUUGUUACAAAUGUGGAAAGACAGGGCAUUACGCCAACAAGUGUGUAUCCAAAAAGAGGGUGUGCUAUGAAUUUCGGGGAGAAGGGCAUUUAUCUAGGGACUGCCCAAAGAUGAAUGAGGGAGCAAAACCAAAUGCACUGCCACAGCCAAAGGCAGAAGCAUUUUAA